AGGUCGAGCACUUCCGGACCGGACACGUAGCGGUCGUGGUGGAGCUGCGCGCUCCGUCGGGCGAGAACGUCAUAGUCGCGACCACGCACCUCGCCUGCGGCCCGCUGUCGGAGGACGCCCGGCUCUGGCAGUUGUCCGUGCUUCUGAACACGCUGCAGGGGACAGGCUGCAGGCGCGUCCUGAUCUGCGGGGACUUCAACUGCGUGCCGGGGGGCAAGGUGCACGAGCUCAUGUCCAAGACGUUCCUCUCCGCCUACCGGGACGUGGAGCUGACGAGCGCCACGGUCUCGAACGCCAUGUCGGAGGAGGGCAAGGGAUUCGCGGAGACGAUCGACUACUGCUGGCUUCGGAGCCCUUUCGUGCAGCUGCAGAGGCGGCUCCGGCUCCCCAGCAAAGACGAGCUGCGCACCCUCCUGAACGGGCCGCCAGCUCCUGCGCCAGUGCCAACGCUUGUGGCGCAGGGCUCGUGGCCGUCGGACCACCUGCCCGUCGCCGUGGACAUCGCCUUCGCGCCCGCCAGUCCGCCGCCGGCGCACAGCCAGCCGGCCGCCACCGGCCGCCCGCCACCAGCCUUCCAGUAGCCCGCAGGCAGCUUGAGGCCCGCCAGCAGCCAGCAGCGCCGGCCUUCGGCGCUGGCCGGCGCAAGCGGCGCCCCGCCCGCGGUGGGCUCUUGAGAGUCGCCCCGUUUCCUCGCUUCUCCCUCUCAUUCCUGUCGCU